UCAUUUUUGUGUGGCAAUCUCGCCACCUCCGUUCUCCUCUACAAAUUCAGUAACUGUCCACAGAUUCUUGGACUUUCUCCUCCUCCUGCUCCUCCUCUGAUUCCAGAACAGUAGGGGGAACUCCUUUUAGGUAUUCAGGAUAUGACGAGCAUCGUGUCAUCGAACCACCGUAGUUAUUGGUCAGUAGGAGGAGGAGGAGUUCAUGAUCAGGAACAUCUUAUUUGGGGUUUUACAAAGAGAUCAAGCAAUAAUAAACUUCCACACUCCAGCAGAGGCCAUAAUUCUCAUUAUCAACACCAUGUUGGGGCAUAUGCACAUAGCUUGCCUCGCGGAAGAUUGAUAUUCUCAAAUGGUUCUUCUCAUUCAUACGGUGCUUCUAGCUCCCACAAGAGAUGCAGGCCUGCGUUUGCCACUGUGGUGGAUGGUGGUGGUGAUGGUUCAGAUGAUGAGGAUGAUGAUGAUGCAGAAGAUGGAAAUAAGGAUGACCCUUAUUCUAAGGGAAGUGCGGCUGAUGGGGCAGGUAAGGAUGCAGUCAGAGAGAACCUUGAGAGAAUCGUGGGCAGAGAUGAUUCGAAGUUCAGUGGGAUAGACCUUGCCACGCUAAUUAGGAACAAGUACGGGAGGUCUUAUGAUGUUCAACUAAUUAAGAAGGAGUUCAUGGGGAGAAACCUCCUGGCUUUGAAUGUAAUGUGGAAGUAUAUGGAGCAGAGGUCGUUUCCGCUAACUGAAGAAGAGUAUUUGUUGAGACUGGACGACGUGGCUAACACAUUGAAGUGUUGGGGGGCAGUCUCCCAUAUCAGGAACAGCUUGGAGAAGUUGAAAGAGCGACCUCGCAUUGGCAAGGCAGUUAGCAUUUUCAUAGACAUGGACGAGACUGGAGGCCGUGCAAAUGAAUGGAUUUACAAGUAGAUAAUAGAAAGUGUAUAGAUUUUGCAGUCUGUUGUAAACCAAAGCACACCACCAACACAGACCAUUUUGUAUCUCCUUUUUGCUUAAAUUCAGUUUCAUUUGUCACAAACUAAUUGCUCCGAAACAUACCAGAAAUACCAUUUUGUAUCUCCUCCUUUUUAAUACCUCAGAUCCAGGCUGUAUAUGAUACCAUGGGUGUUACCCAGACCAAGUGCCAGACUCGAAUUUUAUAAGUUUUGAGGAAUACAUUAUCAAAUCUAAAUUUUGAAUUCUAU